AUGCUUAUGGAAAACCACUUACAGGUACUCACUCUGCAAGACUUCUUUCGAGAAGACGACGUAUUCAUUGCUUACGGCAACGAGAGAGCUAGCGCCGACGAUUUUUACGUAAUAUCAGAAGAGUACAAACGGCUCUAUUCUGGUGGUAUACGUCGAGGCGGUCGGCGUGGUACCACCUCUCGUCCACGAGUAAUGCCAGCUCGAAAUGAAAGUCUACGAGAUGAUCGUUGCGGUAGUGUGGUACCGGAUGAGUUGGCGCGCAAUCUUCCCGCUGAAUUAGACGAAAAGUUCUCAGUGCUACGAUUGCUCGGCGACGGUAAUACCGCCCUUGUCUACGAGGUCAUGAAAAGUUCUCAGUGCUACGAUUGCUCGGCGACGGUAAUACCGCCCUUGUCUACGAGGUCAUGGAUCGGUAAGUUCUCUCGAACAGAUUUUCUUCUUUUAUCCAUACUCUUUAUAACUGCUAUCUUAUAUAUUGCGGAUUUUCUUUGUGGAUUCUAUGAACUUUCGACUGUUAUCGUCACUUCUUAUGGAAUGUUGUUCAGACGGACACAAGAACAUGGCGCGUUGAAAGUGAUCGCUCGCGAUUCGGCCGUUGGAAAGAUUGCCUUGAUUGAAAGCGAACUGGCCAUCAUGAAACGUAUCGAACACCCAUUCAUUGUGAAAAUGUUUGACGACUGGACGAUUGAUGGCGCUUAUUACCUGUCACUGGAACUGGUUGAGGGUGGAGAUCUAUUCGAACAUCUCUGCGUCGUGAGGCGGGUAAAUGAACAUCAAUCUGCCCGCUUAACAAAAUGCUUGGUACAGGCGCUGGCGUAUCUUCACGACAAUUCAAUAGUUCAUCGAGAUGUGAAACCAGAAAAUCUACUUCUCUAUACUGGUCCUCAUGGCGAGUUUGAGCUGAAACUGGCAGAUUUUGGUUUGGCCACCGAAUUACCGGAAGAUGGAGGGAAAUUGACGGUGAUCUGUGGCACUCCAACUUACGUAGCAUCAGAGGUUAUUCUAGAAACCGGUUACGAUGAGAAGGUUGAUAUUUGGGCGACUGGGGUGAUCUUGUACGUGAUGUUAUGCGGAUUUCCACCUUUUCAAAGCUCCGACGGGUCUCAAGACGAUCUAUUUGCUCAAAUAAUGCGUGGUCGAGUCAGCUUUCCUUCGCCGUCAUGGGAUAAGAUCUCCGCUUCUGCAAAGGCUCUCAUUCUGCUACUCGUAAAUACUGAUAAAGAGGAGCGAUUCUCUGCUCAUGACGUGUUGGACAACCAGUGGAUUAAGGUUGGUCACUCUAUUUCAUUUAAGAGUUUUUCUUUUUUUUUNCAUUUCUGUACCAAUUUUGGCCUUUUCCAGUAG